AUAACAAAUAACAAGAUGCAAGUAGUGACCGUAUUGCGUAAAUAACUUAACGCCGCAAUAAGUUUUUAUAGCGAAAAUUAGUGAUUACUAAUAUAAUAAUUACAUAAGUUUGACGUUUUAGAUAAUAAUUUCGUUGGUCAAUCCUCAUUAAACACUUUGUGAAAUGGCUGAAAAUGAUGAAAAUAUGCUAUUAGCAUUAGAACAAUCACAAUUAGAGCAAACAUUAUCUGGAAGUAAUAACAACAGUGGUGAACUAAUGCUCAAUCCUUUACAAAUACAACAAGAAUAUUUUGAAAAUUUGCCUGAAUGUGAUUGGGUUAAAUAUGAUUACAGCAAUCGGAAAUACUUGUUACAAAAUAUAGCAUUCGCUUUAUUUGGAGCCCCAAGCUCUGCAGGCGAUUUGUCAAUAUUAAACAACGUGGGAGAAACGCAACUGGAAGGAUAUAAAUCAAGGCAAAAGGAACAUGUUAUGAAAAUUUAUGAAAAGCUCUGUGAACAAAGUAAAUAUGCACAAAAUGAUACAGAUAUUCUUAUGUCAGUAAUACUGGUUGUGUGUGCAAAACCGAAGCCCAUUAAGUUCUAUAAUAUUGAACCCUCUAACCAUUGGGUGGACUUACAUCAACGCAAUGAUGUCGAUAUAUGGUGCACACCCGUGUUUUGUGUUAGAAAAUGUAUUCCUACUACAAUUCAUGCUAAGCCGUGUAAGGUUUUUAUUGAUGAAGAUGCAAGAGUGUAUCAUGACUGGACAUCAUAUUUAACAAACAAUACUUUGCCGAAAUGUGUCAUUAUCGCACCUGAAAAUGGAGUGUACCAGGGAGAUAUUGUUCAUGGAGAAGAUCUAGUAUCUGUAAGGCUGACAGUCACUCCAUCACCAUCAUUAGGCCUUAAAUCCAGAGUACUCAGUUCAGUAGACAAGGCUAGUACUGUAGCUUCUUUAGGAGCAUUAGGUGUACUCGGUGUGAGUGCCUUGACACCUGUUGGACCCGCUGUGAUUAUUGGAGCUACGGUCGCUACUGUUGCUACAGGAAUAUAUGGUCUUGUGAGGUCAUCUCUUCAUCUUCAUGAUAGAAAUGUCCAUGAACAGACUAUCAGUCCUACGGAUCCUGAGGCACGUGGUAGUUGGCUGAAUAUUGCAGCUUCCAGUGUUGGACUCGCUGCUGGAGCCGCUACUGGCUUACUAUCUAAAUCAGCGGCAGCAGGAACAAAUAUGACUAAAACUGGUCAAGUUUUGGCGGCAUCGGUUGAAAUUCUUCGUCAUGCGAACUUGGUGACCGGAGGCGCAGGUGUUAUUCACAGUUUAGUGCAUAUCAUACUAAAAUAUCACAAACACGGCGAGAGACCAACUACGCUAGAACUCUUCCAGUUCACGAGCGCCACUUUAUUCUUCUGUCACGCUGUAGUGUCUAAUCGUACUGCACAAAACAUCAUAGAAGAUGCCCAAGCCAAAACUAUUAAUGAAUACCGUACUAAUUUAAGAAGUAACAAGCACCGAAAAAUAUUCGAUAAAAUCAACGCUGAGACACGCAGAAUUCAAGGAACAAUACAAGGCAAUACGGAAGUGAUUAAAGGCAUACAAAAUAUUGCUAACAAAGACCAGUAUUUUGCUGAUGUACUCAAAAUAAAUAAGGAUUUAAACCAGCACAAACUUAGAAUAUCCAUGACAGCCGAUGGACAAGUCAACCUCAAUGCAGUACACAAAUUCAAUCCUUCCGAAUUGUACAAUAUGGGUCCAGAAGGAAGGACGCAGCUGUUCUCUUCAAUCGGUCCGGCUAAUCUUGACGUACCAAAUGCUCCAACACGUAUUGCGCCUUCAACAACAGCUGUCAGUUAUGUGGAUGGAGACGAAGAGAAUGGUCUCUUAGUUGGCAUACAUCCCGGUGAAAUCUUACGUAUCGGGACAUUGUUGGUCAGAGUUAGUGCAUCAGGAGCAGAAAACGUCGCUCUGCUACUUGAAAAUCUCAGUCAAGACCUCUACGCCAAUUUGAUGACGGUUUGCUUUAACGUUUUAUCCCAGAUGAUGCCUCAAGAGAUCGCAAGAUUAAGAAUUUUGAGCCCCGAAGAAGAUCUGAUAGUGCAAAUCGUUAAAUUCGUUUUCAAUUAUAUGAAAGAGGAGCGACCGAUGGGCACCUACCGAAACACCGACAACGGUAUAGUGAUAGUUCUUCGGGAAUUCUUUCAAGAGGGGCGAGUCCGUCAGGAAACAAUAUUGCAAUUGAAGAAUCAUUUUAUGAAAUGGGUCGAAGAGAAAAUUAUGGAAAGAACACGAGAGUUCCCGAACAAGAAACGUGUCACAUGUUCCGUAUGUGAAGGAGUUCGGUUUGCUUGAUUAUAGCCCUAUGUACAAACUAAGCACACUUUAUAAGUAAAUACUUACUAGUAAUUUAUAAAACAUAUUUCUGUUUCAUUGAUAGGAGGAGUGAAUAUAAACAAAACUUUGAUUUAUGUGUUAGUAGCUCUGCUAUAUUAUGCAUUACAAUCAGUCAUAUAUACAUGUACAUAUAUAUAUAUAUAUAUAUAUAUAAAUUUUAUAAUACAACACUAUUCCCUUAACUACAUACUUUAAUUUUACUUGCAACUGCAUCGGCGAUAUUCACAGCGGCAUAUACCUGAAUAAGUAAUAUUAUAUUAAUGAAAACCAUACAUUAUUUAAAUCCCUAAAAAUGAUCAUUGUCAAAGUUGUCUUCACUCCUUCUGAUAUUGGUAUUAUAGUCGUAGUAGAUAGUCCGUUUAUUGAGCCAAAAUAUUAAAGUAGGUGCUUUGGAAAUUCCUAUUUUUUAUAUAUUUAAAAAUGUAUCAUAUACAUAUCACAAUUAAUAUUGAAUAUUUCUAAUUAAUCUCAGUAUUUAAUCAUUAAAUAACGUAAGCAUGCUGGCUAUUGAUAUAAUCAUGUACUGCGUUUCUUGGAUUAAAUUAAAUUUGCUUAGAUUUAUUUUAAAGAUAAAUUGAAUGGCCAAGAGGCAAAUUUUAUCAGUUUGUUUUUUU